GUGGCCGACGCAACAGGACAUCACGGUUGCUGGCAGCCCCUGAGCUGCGUCUGGAGCUUGGGCGCCCGACUGCGCUGGUCCAAUCUAUUUGGAGAACGUGGGCUGCCCAGAUCGAUGCCGAAGAGGGCCCUCCGACCCGCUUUUCUGAGGCGGGCUUGCGCUUGUGGGGGUUGGGGAGCUUGUGAGAGCUCGUGGGCAGUCGACGGCGAUUAUUGGCGUGAUUGGCCGCCAGCCGGCGCCUCUGACAUCUCUCUCACCCCUCCUUCACGGCUCCCGGCACCAGGCGCCAAGCCUGUCGCGCGGUCGACGGCGGCAAAAGCGGUGUGCGAAGGACGGGCGGGAAGGAUCACGGGCUGGCAGAAGGAGGCGUGCGACGAAGGAUACGACUACGGUUCCCACCGCGGGGCGACGAUGGCAAUCUCGAAAAGGGCGGAUUCGCAGCUCAGCCUUCCGGAAUUCGCGGGCGAGCUGGCGUGAGGGGGCCAUUCCAGGCAGGGCGGCAAGCUGUGGUGGGGUGGUGGUGAGGGGCAGCGACCCACAUGAGCUUGCGCGCUUGCCCCGCCUGGGCCCUAGACCCUCUGGACUUGCCCCUCCUUCUGGUCU